AUGUCGGGACCCGUGCCAAGCAGGGCCAGAGUUUACACUGAUGUAAACACACACAGACCCCGGGAAUACUGGGACUAUGAGUCGCAUGUUGUCGAAUGGGGAAAUCAAGAUGACUAUCAGCUAGUUCGGAAAUUAGGCCGAGGCAAAUACAGCGAAGUGUUUGAAGCCAUCAACAUCACAAAUAAUGAAAAAGUAGUCGUUAAAAUCCUCAAGCCUGUAAAAAAGAAGAAAAUUAAGCGUGAAAUCAAGAUCUUGGAAAACUUGCGAGGUGGUCCCAAUAUCAUCACCCUUGCAGACAUAGUAAAAGACCCUGUGUCCCGGACCCCUGCUUUGGUUUUUGAACACGUAAACAACACAGACUUUAAGCAAUUAUACCAGACGUUAACAGACUAUGACAUUAGAUUCUACAUGUAUGAGAUUUUGAAGGCCCUGGAUUACUGUCAUAGCAUGGGGAUCAUGCACAGAGAUGUCAAGCCUCACAAUGUCAUGAUUGACCAUGAGCAUAGAAAGCUCAGGCUAAUAGACUGGGGUUUGGCUGAAUUCUAUCAUCCUGGUCAGGAGUACAAUGUCAGAGUGGCUUCCCGGUAUUUCAAAGGACCUGAACUCCUUGUAGAUUAUCAGAUGUAUGAUUACAGUCUGGACAUGUGGAGCUUGGGUUGUAUGCUGGCCAGUAUGAUCUUCCGAAAGGAGCCAUUUUUCCAUGGCCAUGACAACUACGAUCAGUUGGUGAGGAUAGCCAAGGUGCUGGGGACAGAAGACCUGUAUGACUACAUCGACAAAUACAACAUUGAGCUGGAUCCACGUUUCAAUGACAUCUUGGGCAGGCAUUCCCGUAAGCGAUGGGAGCGCUUUGUUCACAGUGAGAAUCAGCACUUGGUGAGCCCAGAAGCUCUGGAUUUCUUAGACAAGCUGCUGCGGUAUGACCAUCAGUCACGACUGACAGCUAGAGAAGCCAUGGAACACCCUUACUUCUAUCCCAUCGUGAAGGACCAGGCUCGGAUGGGCUCGUCCAGCAUGCCGGGAGGCAGCACUCCUGUCAGCAGUGCCAGUAUGAUGUCAGGGAUCUCUUCAGUGCCAACACCUUCGCCCCUUGGACCCUUAGCAGGCUCGCCAGUGAUUUCUGCCACCAACACCCUGGGGAUGCCAGUUCCAGCUGCCGCAGGAGCUCAGCAGUAGUGAUGGUUUUUUGUCUCCUGAUGCCUGAGUUGAGUCAGGUGGGGAAGAGGUUUUCCCCUCCACCUCUCCCCAGGACGCAGCUUGCGCCUGGCCGGGGAAGAGGAGGGGUUGGACCACUUCGGAGGCACUGUGUCUGAACAGUUGCUUGUGGAUUUAUAGUAGUUCAGUCAUUAUAUAAAAAAAAAUUAUUAUAGGCUGUUUUUCUUUUUUUUUUUUUUUUUU